AUCUGCGGCUUUCAUGACGUCUCCCUGCGCGGUCCACCACUUUUCUCCCAGCCAAGGAUUUUUUUUUUCUGCCACUCUUGCCUUUUCCCCCUUCCUCCGCCGGGUCUCCCUCCCCCGUGCCUGCCCCGGCGCGCAGCCCUCCGCCCCUCCUUCGGUCCCAGCGCCCUGCCCUCCGCUCCACUCUCGGCCAGAGGGAGCCAGUCUGAAGACGGCCGCACCUGGCUGGAGAGGUUGGCGGGCGGAGGGUGGGGAUCCGCGGGAACCGAGCUGGAGCCCGAGCUGGAUGGACCGCGAGAAUGGAGUCUCCUAACAGCCUCCCGGGGCUGAUGUGAAAUUUGACCAUCCGCUUCCAGUUUUUCGUUGCCUUCUCUUUUUUGCAUUUCCUGCCCUCGCCAUCCAUCGUGUAGUGAAUUAUUAAAGCUUGCUCCGCUCAAGAGAGGAGAUCAUGAUUGAGUGAAGCCACCCUGUCCGCAACAAGGGAAAGCACAAACAAGCAAUGACGACAAUGGCCAAGCUGACGGAAUCCAUGACUAAUGUCCUGGAGGGUGACUCCAUGGAUCAGGAUGUGGAGAGCCCCGUGGCCAUUCACCAGCCAAAGUUGCCUAAGCAGGCCAGAGACGACCUGCCAAGACACAUCAGCAGGGACCGGACCAAAAGGAAAAUCCAGAGGUACGUGAGGAAAGACGGAAAGUGCAACGUCCAUCAUGGGAAUGUGAGGGAGACCUACCGCUAUCUGACAGACAUCUUCACCACGCUGGUGGACCUCAAGUGGAGAUUCAACCUGUUGAUCUUCGUCAUGGUUUACACGGUGACGUGGCUCUUUUUUGGAAUGAUCUGGUGGCUAAUCGCAUACAUCCGAGGAGAUAUGGACCACAUAGAGGACCCCUCGUGGACUCCCUGUGUCACCAACCUCAACGGGUUUGUCUCUGCUUUUUUAUUCUCCAUAGAGACAGAAACUACCAUCGGUUAUGGCUACCGGGUCAUCACAGAUAAGUGCCCGGAGGGAAUUAUUCUCCUCUUAAUCCAGUCUGUGCUGGGCUCCAUUGUCAAUGCAUUCAUGGUAGGAUGCAUGUUUGUAAAAAUUUCUCAACCCAAGAAGAGGGCAGAGACCCUGGUCUUUUCCACCCACGCAGUGAUCUCCAUGCGGGAUGGGAAACUGUGCCUGAUGUUCCGGGUCGGGGACCUGAGGAACUCCCACAUCGUGGAGGCCUCCAUCAGAGCCAAGUUGAUCAAAUCCAAACAGACUUCAGAGGGAGAGUUCAUCCCCCUGAACCAGACGGAUAUCAACGUGGGCUACUACACUGGGGAUGACCGGCUGUUUCUGGUGUCACCACUGAUCAUCAGCCAUGAAAUUAAUCAACAGAGCCCUUUCUGGGAGAUCUCCAAAGCUCAGCUGCCCAAGGAGGAACUGGAGAUUGUGGUCAUCCUGGAGGGUAUGGUGGAAGCCACAGGGAUGACGUGCCAAGCGCGAAGCUCCUACAUCACCAGUGAGAUCCUGUGGGGUUACCGGUUCACGCCUGUCCUGACGCUGGAGGACGGGUUCUACGAGGUUGACUACAACAGCUUCCACGAGACCUACGAGACCAGCACCCCGUCCCUCAGUGCCAAAGAGCUGGCCGAGCUGGCCAGCAGGGCAGAGAUGCCCCUGAGUUGGUCCGUGUCCAGCAAACUCAACCAACACGCAGAACUGGAGACGGAAGAGGAAGAGAAGAACCAGGAAGAGCAAACAGAAAGGAAUGGUGACGUGGCCAACCUAGAGAAUGAGUCCAAAGUCUAGCCCUGGCGGGGCGCCCUUCCCUCCUGCCCCGGACGUGGCCUCCCCUCGCCGCCCAGCCUCUUUCCUUUCUGUCUCUCUUGCUUUGUUCUUUAUACUUAAUUUUGACAUUACCAGAAAACAAAUCUUGGAGGUGUAAAAUAUCUACCUGCCCUCUCUCGGUUGUUCAGAUCGACAAGGUAGACACAGAUUUGGUUAAGGAGCCCUAGGCCGGCUCUUCCCAAAAUACCCACCUGCAACUCCUAGAGAUUUAAGCUGCUAACCUGCAUGUGUCGUUCAACCAGAGCACUCCAGAGGGAGGGGCGAGGAUUUUACCUGGGAUGUGACGAGGGAGGUCUCUGGUGCCUAUCUAUCGUGCAGCAAGUCAUAGGGUACAGCCCUCAGUUUUCUAGAUCCCAAACAUUUCAUCACAGGGUAAGGUGCUUGCCCGUGCGGGCACUGCAGGUGUAGGACCCAGGUGAGCUGAAGACUAAACACUGUACAUAUAUAUGCCUUAUGUAAUUAUUUUCUUUUGGCAAUUAGUAAUAAAACCCAGCAUGGACAAAAGUACUGUAGAACAGAACUUCUAUUAAAUCAUGUAUAUAGAUGUAUCAUUGACGUAGUUUUAGACAUCUAACUUUAGAACUAAGAAGAGAAAAAGAUUCCCAAUGUACAGUAGGCAUUUCUUUUUUGAUAUCUGUUUUCCAGCUCUUCUGAUUUCAUGAACUGCUGGCCCUUUAAUGCAUGGCCUUUGUUCCGGGUCCCAGACAGGCCGCCAUCAGGGUUCCUCUCUGUUCCCUUGCUGACCCUUUUGUUGAAUCUAAUAAGCCAUAGGUUCGGGGGCAGUUGGGAGGUCCAGUAGACAGGAAGACCCACCACCAAUACGCUGAUAUACUGUGACAUGUUUACAAAACAGGUGUCCUUUUCUUCCAGAUAACAAGGGCCUCACUAACCAGCCAGGGAGAGAAUCCCAGGGACGGCUCCUUCUCCAGCAUGUCACCGACGACAUGUUGAUGCUUUUCACACGAGCGUGCGCCCUUUGGGGUACAACCCUCUAGGGAACUUCUCUGCAAACCCAGCCGUUCCACCCUGUCAUCGUGAGAACCACAGGCAGUUAGCAUGAUGUGCACCCUAGGCAAGAUGGUUGGGGUCGGGAAGGCCAUAGCGGGUGGCACGCAGGGUCAUCACUGAGCUCCCCUGCCGGGUGCCACCUGGCCCUGGAGAGGGUCCCUGGGGGCUGAGCCGUCAGCGCUUCUUGCAUUGGGAUUUUUUUCAUCUUCUUUUAUAAUUAUGAAGCGGCCAGUGUUCAAUAUUCAAAGAUUAGAUCGACAAUUCUAGUGGCUAUCUAAGAAACCUCUCUAGGAUGUGCCACUAUUUAAAAACCAAAUCCAAAGCAUCUGUCAAUGAAAAGAAAGCAAAUACAUGGUAGCCUUAAUUCAUUUUAACGUGCAGAGGUGAAGGAAGGGAGGAGGGAAGGAAGGGAGGAAGAAAGCUGUGUGUUUUGUACUGCAAACCUAGAUUUCAAACUGAAACCAAUAAGAAAGGGAAGAGGGACUUUUAGACAAAACCUCAGGGGCAGGUGGAGAUUUUUCACUGGAAAAGAUCCUUCUUGUCAAUUUUGCAUUUAUAAACUGUUUGUUCUUUAACGUGGUUGCCCAUCAUAAAUAUUCAUUGAGUGGAUCCAAGUUUAUUUCCAGCUCCUACAGCUGUGCUCAGUUUGAGGCUUUGCGCCACGGAGGUCAAGGAGAUCAACCAGCUGUCCCUCUGUGCUCCCCUGGCCGUCCCCAACCGUGUGACACAGGCCUUUGCUAUACUUGGGGACCCCGUCUACUGGAAAGGAUGCCCCAGAUAUGAGGAAAGAGGCCCCUCCAGUGAAGGCCAGGAGUCUUCUCCCUCUGAGGAGCCCACGCACCAGGACGGCUGCUUCUUGGCACUGACUCUGGAAACCACAGCUGCUGGCCAUAGCCCUCCCCACAUGCCAGCAUCUCGUUCUUGGCAUCGAUUGUCUGUCGAAUCCUUUAUCCAUUCCCACCGUCUAAGGAGGAGGUAGGGAGGAGGAGCCAGCCCACGCUCUUCCUGCACUUUCCCGGAGGCUGUGGGGAGGUAGAGGCCUGAUCUGGUUGGAGCCUUCAGAUGGGCGCCCUUGGCCUGGGGCACAACCUGAGCUCCCCUGCCCGGGGCCUCGGGGCAGGUGGCACAGCACAAAACGGCCCAGGGCUGCAAAAUGUCGCUGACCUAGCUCUCCAAGACUCGCCCGACCUUUUUAAAUCCAGUACUGAGGUUCGAAGGACAAACUCUCCAGCUGGGCCCUGAUCCCUUCCUGCCUGACCUUUAGCACAAUGAAGCAAGAGCUGAUGCCUGGGUCUCCCGGCGGGUUGGCUGCGUGCCUGGACGGGGCACCUGGAGGGAAGGUCUCUCCCGAGGUCCCGGCCUCGACCUCAGUGUAGCUGGCGACAGAACUCGAACCAAAUCUCGUAAUUUUCAUAAUGUGAGCUCUGAAUCUUUAAAGGAGGAUGCUCCUGAAGGACUUUUAUUAGAAUGUCCCUAUAAAACAUGUCUAUUUUUCUACUGUUAUUGAGAACACAGUUUAACAGUGUAUUUUGUGUCAACUGUUGAAAUUUGGAAAUGAAAGAAGCUCAUUAAGACCGAAUUUUCUAAGCAGCAAGUAGUGAGUGGGGUUUUUCAGAGGACAGUUCAACAAAUUGACCCCACAGCUUCUACCCUUUGUAUUCCACAACGCCCAGCUCCCGUCCCACGGUCACUGGUCACUGGUCACUCCGUUCAGCAAAGCGAGUGCUUUGAAAAUAAAGAAGGCUGUUUAAAUGCACUAUUAACACCCGUGGCUAAUGAGGCUCCCUUGGCUCCGGUUGAGAGCGUUGGGCCUGUGUGUAGUUGAGUGGCUUUUCCAUAAAGCAUGGUGAGACCCGCCAGCCAGACAAGAAGCUUGAAGUGAAGCUUGAACUUGACCCAAGUCUGGCAGAGUGGGAUGCGCCUGGGGAAAGGGCAGGUCGGCCGAAGUCACCCCUCCUGGGGUGCCGAGUCCCUUGUCAUUCUCACCUCCCCUGCCCAACAAGCUCUCCAGCUCAUUUAUCAGUCAAUUGAUGUCACUGAUCAAAUGUGCAUGCUGCCGGCUGUCCCCUGCAUUCCACAUCAGCCCUUUCACAGUCACUGCAAUGACCGGUUGUCCCCCACGUGG